AGCAUGGAGCUGGCAACAAUGGGGCCUGGAGCGUCAGGAAAUGGGGUCAGGACUGUGACAGCUCCACGCUCAGCACUAGGCUCCGGAGUCAGCCUGCACGCCUACGACAUCGGGGUCCUGGUUGUCUACUUCAUUUUUGUCAUUGGUGUAGGGGUCUGGUCAUCCAUUCGAGCGAGCCGAGGCACAAUUGGUGGCUACUUCCUGGCGGGGAGGUCCAUGAGCUGGUGGCCGAUUGGAGCCUCUCUGAUGUCCAGCAACGUGGGCAGUGGCUUGUUCAUUGGCCUGGCUGGGACAGGAGCCGCUGGAGGUCUUGCUGUGGGCGGCUUCGAAUGGAAUGCAACCUGGCUGCUUCUGGCCCUGGGCUGGAUCUUCGUCCCCGUGUACAUCGCCGCUGGGGCGGUCACGAUGCCUCAGUAUCUGAAGAAGCGGUUCGGCGGCCACAGGAUCCAGGUGUACAUGUCUGUCUUGUCUCUUAUCCUCUACAUCUUCACCAAGAUUUCUACUGACAUCUUCUCUGGAGCUCUCUUCAUCCAGAUGGCCUUGGGCUGGAACCUUUACCUCUCCACGGCGAUGCUGCUGGUGGUGACGGCCGUCUACACCAUUGCUGGGGGCCUCACGGCCGUGAUCUACACAGAUGCCUUGCAGACGGUGAUCAUGGUGGGGGGCGCCCUGGUCCUCAUGUUUCUGGGCUUUCAGGAGGUAGGCUGGUACCCAGGCCUGGAGCAGCGGUAUAGACAGGCCAUCCCUAAUGCCACAGUCCCCAAUACCACCUGCCAUCUCCCCCGGUCUGACGCCUUCCACAUGCUCCGGGACCCUGUGAAUGGGGACAUCCCUUGGCCUGGCCUCAUUUUCGGGCUUACGGUGCUGGCCACGUGGUGCUGGUGCACGGACCAGGUCAUCGUGCAGAGGUCUCUCUCUGCCAAGAAUCUGUCCCAUGCCAAGGGGGGCUCUGUGCUGGGGGGUUACCUGAAGAUCCUGCCCAUGUUUUUCAUUGUCAUGCCUGGCAUGAUCAGCCGGGCCCUGUACCCAGAUGAAGUGGGCUGUGUAGAUCCUGAUGUUUGCCAAAGAAUCUGCGGGGCUCGAGUGGGCUGCUCUAACAUCGCCUACCCUAAGCUGGUCAUAGCCCUCAUGCCUGUCGGUCUGCGGGGCCUGAUGAUUGCCGUGAUCCUGGCCGCCCUCAUGAGCUCACUCACCUCCAUCUUCAACAGCAGCAGCACCUUGUUUGCCAUUGACGUGUGGCUGCGCCUCCGAAGGAAGGCCACUGAGCAGGAGCUGAUGGUGGUGGGCAGAGUGUUCGUGGUGUUCCUGGUUGUCAUCAGCAUCCUCUGGAUCCCCAUCAUUCAGAGCUCUAACAGCGGGCAGCUCUUCGACUACAUCCAGUCUGUCACCAGCUACCUGGCCCCGCCUAUCACCGCCCUCUUCCUGUUGGCCAUUUUCUGCAAGAGGGUCACAGAGCCUGGAGCCUUCUGGGGCCUCAUGUUCGGCCUGGCUGUGGGGCUUGUGCGCAUGAUCCUGGAGUUCUCCUACCCAGCGCCAGCCUGUGGGGAGGUGGACCAGAGGCCGGCCGUGCUGAAGGACUUCCACUACCUCUACUUUGCCCUCCUGCUCUGUGGGCUCACUGCCAUCGUCAUCGUCGCUGUUAGCCUCUGUACCAGCCCCAUCCCUGAGGAAAAGCUUGCUCGCCUGACAUGGUGGACACGGAACGGUCCCCACCCUGAGCUGGAGAAGGAAGCCCCAGAGGGCACGCCGGGAACAUUGGAGAUGCCAUCUGGGGUGAGCCCUCCAGGAGAUGGAGGGACAGAGAGCUCCAGCCAGGGCCGGGACCAGCAUGGAGCCCGGUGCAGGCGGUGGGGCCGGCUGCUGUGGAACUGGUUCUGCGGGCUGGCCGGCAGCCCUGAGCCCGCACGGAGCCCUGAGGAGAUGGCCGCGCGCCAGCGGGAGCUGACCAGCAUCGCCGAGGAGCCGCUCUGGAGAACCGUCUGCGACGUCAAUGCCAUCCUGCUCCUGGCCCUCAACAUCUUCCUCUGGGGCUAUUUUGCCUGACUCCGCAGACCUGGCUUCAGUGGAGACCGAGUAAACGGAACUGGAGCCUGGCCAGUCUGUCUUGCUGUGGAAACUGGGGACCAUGGAGGCUGAGCCAGCAGAAGACCCUGCCCCAGACUGCACACCGGCCACAUGGAGAAAGGGAGACCAGAGAGGGCUCUGGGUUUGCUCAGGGCCACACAGCAGGACUCACACUGGGUCUUCUGACUCCAGCUCUUUUUCCAUUUUACUGCCUAUGUUCCUACCUCAGAAACACUGUUCCCACCCCCUGGGUGCUUCCUUUCGGGAGCUUUUACUGUUCAUGUGUGUUGAGGCUUAAACAAGUGGAACAUAUAAGAAACGGGGUUGCAAGAACAUUGCAAAAGUCCAAGUGCAUCUUUGCUCACUGGCAUCCCUUCCCUCCCCACGUCGUCCCCCACCUCCCUAG